CCCCUCUCUCCGCAAUGCCUUCCCAACUGAGUAAGAGAAACGUCAAAACUUUAUCUGGUUCUUAUUGGUCAGGAGUUACUCAACGAAACUUUCGCUCAUCCUCUUUUUUCUUUUAUUUUCUUCACCCUCCAGGCUUCCUUUUCAGCGCUCUGCUCGCCGCGGCCCUCUCUUUAUCGGAAGGAGCUCCUCUAUCCACGGCGGUUGAAUCCGCAGACAUCUCGGGGGAUGAGUCGCAUCCAUCCAACAGGCACCCCGUGGUCAGUGCAGCCUACGUGCUCCAUGCGGACGUUGAUAGACUUCUAAAACAGUUCCAGGAGCAGAACUCUCAGGUAAAGGAGGGACACUAUCACAUCCAAUCACCAAUCAACAGUUCUGCUGAUGGAUGCUUCAGUUUCCACUUCAACAAGUUCAGAUGCUUGAAAAGGAUCUAUGCUGGUUUGCACCAGUUCGAAGACCAGAUGCAGUAUGUCAACAGAGAGUUGGAGUCUCAGCUGGCUGAUGGCAUCAUCUACAGGACUCGCAAUCUGCAGAGGGCCGUCAAAGAAAUGCAACAGACACACACCUCCGAUGACACCUUUCCAAAGCAGGAGCUCCCAACAGAAUCCAAGUGGAUGAAGAUGACCGUUGUCAACGGCAUCUUGCAAAGCUACAAACAGUUCCUCAUCUACGCUCACAGAGCGCUGCGACACAUGUCCAAAGACGCACCAACUUUAUAACGGUUUCAGUGAUUUGUGAAGUUUUCUAUUUAUUAUUCUAUUUAUUUAUAAAACGUUAUUUAUAGUUUUAUUGGAUAUUUGCUAUUUAUUAGACUGUCCUGUGUUUUUUUUACUUGAAACAAUACUAUAUUUAUUUGUUAAAAUUAUUUAUUAUUAAAUUAUUGACUUUGAUACAUCUUUUGUAUUUUUGUACUGAAGAGGAAAUAAAAGUUGUGAAUCGAUCAAUGCUGUCCAGUUGAAUCACUGUAAUUUGCUGUUCUUAACGUUUUGAAGGUAUUCUAUGAAAAUAUAAUCCCAAAGAUAAACAAUUUAGGCCUUGGAUAUACAUGCAAUUCUAGGCCUAAGCUGUCAAAAAAAAUACAUACGAGACAAUUCAUACACAAGACAAUACAUUUACUGGGUUUAUCAUACCUGAUUAAGACUACAGACACGGAUCUGACAAGCCUUCAUUGCAUA